AUGGAUCCAGAGGUGAAGAAGAAGUUGCAAGUGAAAGCAGCCGUGGCCUAUGGGCGUGCAGCGCAGGCAUGGAACGCCUGGGGACAUGCCGUCUUUCAUUACAGCAUGGUCCCUGGCAUCUUUGCCUAUGGACUCUGGUACUCAGGCGAGUUCACCCUCGAUCCGAUGACCCUCUUCUUCAAAAUCAUCCUCGACUCCUGA